UCGUACCAUUCUCUUCAUCUUACUAGGGCAUACACCUGCACACUUUCCAUAGAAAUAACACCACAAACACACACACAUACACAGAGUUCAGAGUUCAUACCAUUGUCAGUAGUCGUGAUGAAAUUAACAAUACAAACACCUUCACAUUCACAAUUGUAUCCCACAUGGGCUCUAAGAUACGACCCCGUCGAAAUCACCAAACACAUCAAACCCAAAACCUCUCUUAAAUCCUUAGCUCUAUCAAGCUCCUUGAAUACCUCCUUCAACUUCAGCCAUGAAUAUCAAGAGGAAGAAAAGUUAAAACCCACCAACCUCAACGACAAAAAUCCAAAAAAUUUCAAUCUCCCUGUUGUGAUACGCCACUCGGGCACGGUUUCAAGGUGCUUUUGGGAUGGGAAGGAGUUGAAAUUGGUCUCUGUUGAUGGUAGUAAUGCGUUUUCUUUGUGGGAUUUUUCUCUUGAUUAUGAAGAUGGGAUGAGGAAAUUGGGUAGGGUGUGUGGGGCUGCUGUAAGGAAUUUUUUUCUACCAAGGGAAGUGGGCGGGAAUUAUUUGGAGUAUGUGAAAUGGAAGUUCUUGCAUAGAGUUUUCAGCUCCGCUCUUCAGGUUCUUGCUACUCAGGCAAUGUUUCGGGCAAUAGGAAUUGGCUAUUCUCGUUCACUCCCAUCAGCUGCUGCCCUGAAUUGGGUUUUGAAGGAUGGGCUUGGGCGGCUGAGCAGGUGCAUCUACACUGCUAGCCUUGCUUCAUCUUUUGAUACCAAUCUCAAGAGAGUUAGGUUUGCAACCUCUGUUCUGUUCAGUUUGAGCAUCGGAGUUGAGUUGUUGACUCCUGUCUUUCCCAAAUACUUUCUGCUUCUUGCCACAAUAGCCAACAUUGCCAAGCAAAUAAGCCUUGCUUGCUACUUAGCAACUGGUUCUGCUGUUCACAGAAGCUUUGCCAUCGCGGAUAAUCUUGGUGAAGUGUCUGCAAAGGCCCAGAUACAAACAGUCUGCUUUGACAAUGUCGGUCUUCUGCUUGCUGCUACCUUCAACAUUUUGUUUAGAAACAAUCAAAGGUUAUUGGCAGCUCUACCAUUUGUUGUGUAUCCAAUCUUCUCUGCUAUUGACCUUUUUGGGAUUUAUCAAGGGCUAAAACAUGUUCAUCUGCAAACAUUAACUAAGGAUAGGCUUGAGUUAAUAAUAAACAUCUGGAUUCAGCAAGGAUGCAUCCCAUCACCAGCUGAAGUGAGUAAAAGGGAAGAUAUUAAUUUUUUAUGGAGUAAAGGCAGGGAGCUGCUGCCCAUUAGAAUUGGUUGCUUGAUUCCCAAGAGAAAAAUUCCAAAGCUAUCUUUGAUGACGUUGAAAUCUUUAAAAGAUGAUGAUUUCUACUUCAUUUGCAUGGAGAGCUCCAAUAGUGGAUCCGGAAUAAGGGAUCACGGAAUCCUUCUCUGUCUUCGGGAAGGAGCCAGAACUUCAGAUGUUAUCACGGGUUUAUUGCAGGCAUGUUACAUUCGCAACGGCCUCCUACUUGAUAAGAGCAGUUGGGAUAAGGCUUUAGAAGCUUGCGACGACUCAGGUUCUCUUCUAAGGGAAUGGUUUACAUUGAUGGAAGAAAGCAAGAAAUCUGCAACAAUCGAUCUUGGUCUGUUUAUUGACAAGAUGUCGGGAUUGGGGUGGGUGUGCAGAAACAUUCUUUUGAGCUCACAAGAGCAAGCACGAUAUAAUUUUGUGGCUGACUGAGGUCAGUAUGUUUUCUAGUGUUUUGCUAUCAUAGUUUCUUACACAGGCAACUGAAGCCAGUGUUGGUAGAAAAGUUUUCAGCUGUUCAAAAAUCUUA